AGUAGGCAGUGCAUAGAAGGUUUUCCUUUGGAAGGGCAAAGAUAACCAUGGCAGCGACUGAACUGCCACCAACUGCGCAGAGCAGGAUGUCGUCGACCACUGUGCACAGCUUUUUAUUGGAACGAUACUUGGAAGAUUCCAUGAGGUUGUAUGGAACCCGCAAACAUACCCAUAAUCCUCACCCGGUGACUCUAGGAGAGCCUUCAAACAGUGCGUUCUGUGAGCCGAAGAAGGGCUUAGUCUGUUCGAAGCCAAACUUUGAUGAGGGUGGUCAAACAGGAAACGGAGUUGUCCUUCAUCCUUUGCCAAGAGUUUCUGAGAUUCAAUCUGAAUGCUUGCAGUCAGUUGCACAUUCGGCAAGCAGCCCAAGUUAUUGGGCAGGGUACCCACAAUCUUAUCCCCAUGGCGGAAAAGUGCAUGACCGUGGACAUUUGCCGCUUUCUGAAGGUGGUUCCGAGUGCCAUCUGUCUUUUCCGAACCUCUCGGAUGAUGGGCUCUCGUCCAAAAAGGGUGAACUCGUAGGCCAUGAUGUCCUCCUGACUGCAGUCACUCCACUCUCAUUGUUAAGGCUUGAGUUCACAUCAGAUGACAGGAGCUUGCUCGGUGGUGGUUUCCUGGUGGAUUCAUCAUCGGUGCCGUCAGCGGGCUUGAUAUCCAGCGGGAUGAUGAGGACUCUAAGCAGCCGCAAGUCCACAGAAAGUGGUGUCUCGGACGCAAAGCUGGCUUGUCAGCCACUCAAUCUGCCAGAAUUGGGCGAUAGGGGCAGAGUCUCGACGUCAUCGCAGAGGGAUUACGCGGGCGAAAGAGUGCUGCUUGACAGCAGAAGACAGUCAGAUAGUGCAAGGUUGAGCGAUCCAGAUGCUGCGAAUUACCCACAUUCACAGAGAUCGGACAAAAGCCGUAGGCGUAACGGUCUCUUCCCUGCAGAGAAAGCCAGUCAUGCAGGCGGUUUGCGGAGAUUUUCAUAUUGUGAUGUUCCCAUCUGUGGCUCCUUCGGCACUGGGACAGACUACGGGAUCAACUUGUCAGAACCGUCUGCCGGUAUUCAUUUGAGGACUGAUCCUCUGGAACAGGCCACACCUUCCGGCUUAACUUCGAGAAUGAUGACAUCAGCACCAUCCGUCGCGAGCAGUGUCGGGUAUGUGAAUGGUGCAGACUUUCUGGACAGAUAUUCGUGGCGUUUUGAAGCAGAUGCAGCAGCCCCCGCUCCCUGUGGCAGAAUUCUUGACACGGUGGCUGGUACCAAAUACGAUCCGGAAACAGAGGCAGGGAGUUCCAAGGGCUAUUGCAAGAACGGGACUCAGAUGGGUAUGGGUGUUGGUGUGCAGGAUGGUAAUCACAGUGGUAGGGACUGUGAGGAGGACGAAAUGUGUCCUCGGGAGUACAAGGCAGUGGCGGGAAGGCGUUCACAACAAAGUCUGCUGAAAAGAGAUGGACAUUUUCGACCAAGUUCAGAACCCCAGAGGCAUACGCAAACUCAGCUGCAAUCUUUGGUAAUGCCGAUGAUGGUCCCAUCCUCUCCUGUUGAACGGCAGCCAUCAACAACCACUGGAACACACCAACUGGGAAGUGAUUCCCGGGACCGGCGACAUACUGGAGCUCGUGGCUUCAGGGCUGACAUGCAAGCUGCCCUGACAGCUUCGAAAGUGUGUGAGGAUGUGAGUCGAGGACAAGCCCCGGAAUGCAAUGAAUCGGAUAAGUCGGCAAUGGAAUUGGCAUCAGGGUCUGUCGAUUCAGUACUAGUGCAGCACUCGCGUGGUACCCAGUCAUCAUCACAUGACGGCUAUGAGAGCAACGCCUCCACAAGAAGGCAGGCAACUGUCAUGUCCAUGGUUGAUGACUCACUGUCUCGCCUGCCGCAUGGAGUGUUAGGGGCGAGGGCCAUCUUCGCCAUGGGCCACAAAGAUGUAGCUGGUGGGUUGUCGCAUGGGAAGUUAUCGGAUGAACGCACGGGGUCUGAGGACGGAGGCCAGUUUCGUGGGUAUUCAGAAGGGCACCAAGAUUCUACAGAUUUCGUCUUCCAUGCAAUUUCAGGGGGAGAUUUGUCAGGGCCUUGUGUGCCGGGCAAAGUUUGGGGGGGACCGAAUGGCUUAGUCUCUAAUAGUAUCCAUAACAAAGGGAAGACUGGAAGGUUCACAGCUGUAGAUCCUGGAAUGAGGAAUCUGCAUCAGCAAAUGAGGAAUGGUAAGUGUUCAGAUAGUGCGAGUAGUGAUGGAAACUUCAGCGUUCAAUCUCUCCCACAUCUUGUGGCUCGUGACCUCACCACCGACGGGAGCACCUUACGUGGUAGUACCCUCUCACAGGGUCGGGGUCGUGCCAGCUCUGCAUUCAGUAGCCGUCCCAAUGAUGAAAGUGUAGGAUUGAGCAUGUAUGGAGGCGGCAAGGAGACCUCUCGCUCUCGUCAGGGUGCAGAUGUUCAACUGGAGGGGCGGUUUAGAUCUGGCCUGAAGCUCUUGCCAUGUGGAAACGAGAGGUACAUUUCUUACAAGGAGGACAGUGACAGUUCUUUUGGGUUAAAAAGAUUGCAAGGAGAUCGAGCAUAUGAGUCUAACCAUGACGAAUCAAGCAGCCAAGGGAGAGGUGAUUUGAAAGAGGGCAAGGAGAAAGGUUGGAGCAUGCUGUCAGGUCGACAAAGUGAAGGAGAAAAAAAUGUAGUCGAUCAACCAGAGGCUCGAGAAGGAAGCUUGUCAAGAAGUGAGAGUGAGCAGGCAUGGGGAGUUUCUGGGCCUACGUCCGCAGUACCGUCAUCCAUGUCAUUGUUUCCACAUGUCAAGGGAUCAAAUGGCAUCUGUCAUUCAAGGAGCGUUCCUACUCGUAGUAAUAACGGACAAGCUCACCCUGAGGAGACAGCGGGAUGGCUAGCCGGUGAUGCUGAGUUGGGCAGUGAUCGCAUUUCCACCCCUCCGCACUCGGCCUCAUCACAGCUGUUAGUUCGAUCAAGUCCUAGCCCCCUAGGAAAUCACAGGUGGUCUGGCUCACAGUCCAGCAUUCAGAUCGCCAAACUAAAGGCGACUGGAAUGAAUAGUGAAGAAGUACAUGAAGAAUUGGGGAAGCUUUCGCACCUGGGUGCAGAUCUUGCUGGCAGGCAAACUUAUUUGCUCUCUGGAAGUCCAUCCAGAGCCACACUGGGUGUAUUAAAAAUCAAUUGCUCUCCUGUGUUCGCCAAGAUCCCACGACCUGCCAUUGAAGUUGUACGUAGACACAGCUGGAGGACUGCCGAAUCAUCGUUAUUACGCACUCAAAACAGUUUCCGUUCUUCACAAGCACAUCUCUCAGAAAUCCAAUGCUGCACAGGAUCGCUGGCCGCCUCCUCCGAUCAUGCUUCACAAUCAGCGGUAAGCCGUUUCUCUGGAGAACAUGACAUUGUCAAAACAUGUGGCAUUGCCAGGCAGCAGUCAAAUCUGAGUGCCGCCGAAUGUACUCCCUCAGAUGGUACUCCCUCAGAUGGUGGUGGAUCUUCUUUCGAUGGAAGGUUAUCUGCUCCCAUGGCAGCUACAAGCAAUUCUGCGAAGUUGCCGCAGUGGUUCAAACAGGUUGAUGGCCUCGUCAGCCAGAACCCACAGUGUGUGGACAGCUGGCGAAACAUGCGGCUGAGAGCUAGUAUGGAAGCAGCCAAGUCCGGCUGGCAGAUGUCAGGGUGCAGAGAUUCUGCAGGAAGACCUGGAUGCCACAAUGAAGAUAAUCAUUGCAGCAGCAGCAGCAGCAGCAAAGGUGGACGUUUCUGUCCACAUUGUGAACGACAUCAGCUCGCAGCUGCUGUUUUUAGUCAAGGGCCUAGCGUUCAACACAGUCAUUUGGAACGUGAGGACUCGGUGAAGCUCACAACCUCAGAGGCACAUACAUUAAGUUGGUCUCCUCUUCGUCACGGUUACCAUCAUGAUCAUCAAUGCGACCAUCGCGCUUAUUCCCAGCAAUCGGAGAAUCGCAAUUCGUCAGAGUUCAGGGAAUUAUCUAAAUGGAACAGCAACACCAUGGGCAGCUAUAGCACUGACACAGCAUUAGACCGUGCAUGGGACAACAUGGAUGAGGCCAAUGGAAGUGGGAACGGAGAACAGGAGCAUUAUGUGGCGGAUGGUGAAUGUUGGCUGCCACAGGUUCGUCCUCGUCCAUGGAGAAGAGAAGAGGAAGAAUGUGGCUAUUCCUUCCUUCGGUGUGGCUGUAUUCGGCGACGGGGGCAUUUCCGAAAGCUGCAAAGGCAGGCAAAGAGCUUCUGUUCAAGGAGAAUCGUCCGUUGCAAGAGAUUUGCCGCACGCAUUGUCCGGCCUCUUCUGUGUUGGCAGGGCUUACAGAGCGCUAGCACCCAGCGACCCGCGGACGGCAGGGCCUGUCCGCCAGGAGACGCGCAAGCCUGGGGAAGGGAGCCGCAUUGGCUGGACGGCACCCCAUGGCUUGAGCAUCGCCGUCCCCAGCUUGCAAAAGCUGGAGUCGCAAAGUGCCACGUGGCAAACGUGCGAUGCAGAGAAGCCAGCGCAUCAUUCGGGAGCAAUACAGGAGAACAGCCAACAAGAGUAGCCGCGACGUGGACGGGAGGUUUUGCCACGACAGCGACACGGUUAACGUGGUCAACGCGGUCAACGAUGCCGAUGGACUCAACUGCUGCUUUACUUCAGGGCGCCGCCCAGUGGCUUUCGCUUCUUCAGACGAGUCACGACCUUCUCCGACAGAAAGUGGAUGAGAUGAGGAUGGUGGCUGAUGGGGGAGAUGCACUACCAUAUCUCACACACCAGAGCAUAUUGCAGAGCCUUUUGCACAUCAUCAUGAAGCUGGAGGAGGGGCCAGCUUCUUAUUUGGCAUGGUUUAUUGACCAGGGACAGGCGGCGAUUUUGAUGCGACACUGCUACGCAGUCCUUGAAGAGGGGCAAGCACUGUGUGCUCUGUCAACGGAGCGCUGGUAUGCUCAGCUCGAUGUGGAGGACGAGGACGAUUCGCCAUCAUCACCUUCAACACCUAUGUAAGAGGUAGGAUGUCCAUGCAUUGGCGAAAACAGAAACAACAACAUCAUCAACAACGACAACAACAACAACAUUGAUGCAGCAGCUGCUGGUCCCUGUGAUGGCGAUUCUUGCACCGGCGAGAUUGGCGGAAUCAACAGCUAUAACAACA